AUGGUUAAAAGAACCUUUCCUUCCCAUAAAAAUGUCAUUGAUGAAGUUCACAAGCCAUCGUCUAAAUUUAAGGGGGCAGGGGCAGGGGCAGUGAAAGUUUUGAGUGGUUUUGACUUCUGUUUUGUUAUCGGCGUUUCUCGACCUUGCAUAGAUUCUGUAUGGGCUCCAAAGGUGGCUAAGGAAGAUAAUGAAAGAGCAGAACAAGCGGUUUUCCAUUAUAAAGAACCAACCUUGAUGUCCAUUGCAGAUGAUGAUGAAGAUUCCACUGAUUCAAAUUCACCAUGA